AACAAAAACAGCUGCAGAAAUCUGAAAUAUUUACUGAACUAAAUUCAUUGAAAAUUCUGAUGAUGGGACAUUAAAGGAAAUUAGACUAAAACUUAGGUACCUGUCUUUGAACCAGUCUUAUUUUUCAUUUACUAAGGUAUUACAAAUUACUUACCUCUUGAACUUUUUUCAUUUGUGGUUUCUUGAUCGUACUCAACGCCUUCCAAUCCAAAUAGAUUUCUAGUGCAAACUAUUAAUUUGAAUUUCAAUUCAAAAUGAGCACUAUGGAUGAAAUAGAAGUAGAAGCGAAAGCCGCAGCCGAGAAGAUGGUUAUGAAUAUGAUGCAAAGACCUGGACAGCUUGAAAAAGUGGAGCAGUUUAAAAAGCGUAUUACACACAAGAAGGCAUCAAUAGAGGCCCAGUUAAAGUCCGCUGUGCAAGGGAAAUUGGACGGAGUUAGUGUUGGGCUGAAACAAUUGCAAGAAUGUUUGGAUGAUGUCCACCAGAUAAGUCUGAAGAUGGAUGAACUUGAAGAACAGCUGAAGGGAGUCCCGCCCCUAGUUGCCUCACUUCAGGCCGUGCGUGAAGAAGAUUCCCGCCACUCCCAGUAUGUGACCGCUAUGGACAGCCUAAAACACAUCUUCACGGUCCCGGAGAGUGUUGCGAAGACUAAGCAAUGGAUUGGUGAAGGGAAACUGCUUCAUGCUCAUCAGUGCCUUACGGAUUUAGAAAACUCCCGGGACGAUUUGUUAUACGAAUUACACCGACUACCAAACCAAUCUUCACACGACAAAAUCAUGCUAAAGGCGUAUUUUGAAGAUGUAGAGAUGGUCUCUAACAUGCUGGAGAAGCAGAUCAAACUGAUUCUGGCGAGGACUCUGAACACCGUCCGUAAAGAGCCCACUGUUAUUGUCACAGCUCUGAGGAUUAUUGAGAGGGAGGAGAAGCGAGACCAAAUGGCACUGCAGCAACAAAGCCAAUCCGGCUUCAUGCCACCCGGCAGACCAAAAAACUGGCGCACCAAAGCCUUUGAAGUUCUAGAAUGCGCUGUGGCCCAGCGCAUUGAAGGCACAAGAGUAGACGAAAGAGAAGACAACAAACUAUGGCUGGUGCGGUACUUGGAGCUCACGAGGCAACUCAUUUUGGAAGACCUCCGGGUGGUGAAGACUUUGUGUGUGCCAUGCUUCCCGCCGCAUUACGAUAUAGUGAACAAAUAUGUCAAUAUGUAUCACACUUGCUUGUCCUCUAGUUUACAAGACAUUGUAGAAAGCGGCGUGGAAGGCAAUGAGUAUGUGACCCUACUGUCUUGGGUGUUGAACACUUACCCCGGAAAUGAGUUGAUGGGCAAUUCUGAGCUGAAUAUAGAUGUCAGCACAUUGCCACAACUGUUGAGUGAAGAUAUCAUGAAGAAAUUGGAAAAUGAAUAUCUGGAAAAAAUGCAGUCCAACUACAUGGAGUGGAUGGACAAGACGCUGGAGGCGGAGCGCGCGGCGUGGGGCGGCGCGCGCGCGCCCGACGCCGAGCCGCACUCGGGCGCCUUCCACACGCACGCGCCCGUGCUCAUCUUCCAGAUGAUCGACCAGAACUUGCAGGUGACCGAGACUAUAAGCAAAGAUAUCACAUUCAAGGCGCUAGUCCUGAGCAUUGAGCAAGUCACGCGAUUUGGCAACAUGUACAGGGAGGGUGUUAUUAAGUUCAAGAACGCCCACUUCUCGGACCGAUCACGAGUGGCCUACUUCACUCACCACAUGAUCACGAUCGUCAACAACAGCUCGCAGAUGACGCGCCUCGCGCAGCACACGCACGCGCGCCACUGGCCGCCCGGCAAGCAGGACCCCGCCGCCGAGCACAAGUUCGACAACAUGCUCGCCAGCUUCCAGAAAUUAAGAGACGAAGCCGCGCAGUUCCUUCUAGAAGAAGCGUUCUUAGACCUCGAAGUUCACUUCGACGAUCUGUUCACAUCGAAAUGGGUGACAUCAACCAUUCCAGUCGACACCAUAUGCAUAACACUAGACGAUUACUUCCAAGACUACAAUCAUUUGAGGGAGAAAAACUUUGAGUACGUGAUUAACGAAGCGCAGAACUUGGUUUAUAAGAAGUAUAUAACCGCUAUGUUGUCUAAAAGGAUAGUGUUUAAGACUGUAGAAGAAGCACAGCAAGCGUCGACGAAAAUUGUGAAGGAAGCCAAUCAGAUAAGGUCUUUCUUUAAGAAGAUUGCGCCCGAAGAAGUGAAUGUUGAUUGGCCGUUUGAAGUCAUCAGCAUGUUGGCUGAGGUACUCCGCUGCCAAGACAUAGAGAUGCUAUCACUCGACCUGCACGGCGUGGUGGCCAAGUGUCCGGACAUGACGGAGGAGCAGCUCGGGCGGCUGCUGGCGCUGCGCGGGGACGUGCCGCGCGCGCACGUGCGCGAGUGCGUGGCCAUCGCCCGCGCCGCGCGCCCCGCCGCCGCCCACCACGCGCACCCGCCGCUGUUCCAGAGCAUCGCCUUCAGCGAGCGUCUGCUCGGACACUUCGCCUUGUAGCGCGCCCCGCCGCCGCCCACCACGCGCACCCGCCGCUGUUCCAGAGCAUCGCCUUCAGCGAGCGUCUGCUCGGACACUUCGCCUUGUAGCGCGCCCCGCCGCCGCCCACCACGCGCACCCGCCGCUGUUCCAGAGCAUCGCCUUCAGCGAGCGUCUGCUCGGACACUUCGCCUUGUAGCGCGCCCCGCCGCCGCCCACCACGCGCACCCGCCGCUGUUCCAGAGCAUCGCCUUCAGCGAGCGUCUGCUCGGACACUUCGCCUUGUAGCGCGCCCCGCCGCCGCCCACCACGCGCACCCGCCGCUGUUCCAGAGCAUCGCCUUCAGCGAGCGUCUGCUCGGACACUUCGCCUUGUAGCGCGCCCCGCCGCCGCCCACCACGCGCACCCGCCGCUGUUCCAGAGCAUCGCCUUCAGCGAGCGUCUGCUCGGACACUUCGCCUUGUAGCGCGCCCCGCCGCCGCCCACCACGCGCACCCGCCGCUGUUCCAGAGCAUCGCCUUCAGCGAGCGUCUGCUCGGACACUUCGCCUUGUAGCGCGCCCCGCCGCCGCCCACCACGCGCACCCGCCGCUGUUCCAGAGCAUCGCCUUCAGCGAGCGUCUGCUCGGACACUUCGCCUUGUAGCGCGCCCCGCCGCCGCCCACCACGCGCACCCGCCGCUGUUCCAGAGCAUCGCCUUCAGCGAGCGUCUGCUCGGACACUUCGCCUUGUAGCGCGCCCCGCCGCCGCCCACCACGCGCACCCGCCGCUGUUCCAGAGCAUCGCCUUCAGCGAGCGUCUGCUCGGACACUUCGCCUUGUAGCGCGCCCCGCCGCCGCCCACCACGCGCACCCGCCGCUGUUCCAGAGCAUCGCCUUCAGCGAGCGUCUGCUCGGACACUUCGCCUUGUAGCGCGCCCCGCCGCCGCCCACCACGCGCACCCGCCGCUGUUCCAGAGCAUCGCCUUCAGCGAGCGUCUGCUCGGACACUUCGCCUUGUAGCGCGCCCCGCCGCCGCCCACCACGCGCACCCGCCGCUGUUCCAGAGCAUCGCCUUCAGCGAGCGUCUGCUCGGACACUUCGCCUUGUAGCGCGCCCCGCCGCCGCCCACCACGCGCACCCGCCGCUGUUCCAGAGCAUCGCCUUCAGCGAGCGUCUGCUCGGACACUUCGCCUUGUAGCGCGCCCCGCCGCCGCCCACCACGCGCACCCGCCGCUGUUCCAGAGCAUCGCCUUCAGCGAGCGUCUGCUCGGACACUUCGCCUUGUAGCGCGCCCCGCCGCCGCCCACCACGCGCACCCGCCGCUGUUCCAGAGCAUCGCCUUCAGCGAGCGUCUGCUCGGACACUUCGCCUUGUAGCGCGCCCCGCCGCCGCCCACCACGCGCACCCGCCGCUGUUCCAGAGCAUCGCCUUCAGCGAGCGUCUGCUCGGACACUUCGCCUUGUAGCGCGCCCCGCCGCCGCCCACCACGCGCACCCGCCGCUGUUCCAGAGCAUCGCCUUCAGCGAGCGUCUGCUCGGACACUUCGCCUUGUAGCGCGCCCCGCCGCCGCCCACCACGCGCACCCGCCGCUGUUCCAGAGCAUCGCCUUCAGCGAGCGUCUGCUCGGACACUUCGCCUUGUAGCGCGCCCCGCCGCCGCCCACCACGCGCACCCGCCGCUGUUCCAGAGCAUCGCCUUCAGCGAGCGUCUGCUCGGACACUUCGCCUUGUAGCGCGCCCCGCCGCCGCCCACCACGCGCACCCGCCGCUGUUCCAGAGCAUCGCCUUCAGCGAGCGUCUGCUCGGACACUUCGCCUUGUAGCGCGCCCCGCCGCCGCCCACCACGCGCACCCGCCGCUGUUCCAGAGCAUCGCCUUCAGCGAGCGUCUGCUCGGACACUUCGCCUUGUAGCGCGCCCCGCCGCCGCCCACCACGCGCACCCGCCGCUGUUCCAGAGCAUCGCCUUCAGCGAGCGUCUGCUCGGACACUUCGCCUUGUAGCGCGCCCCGCCGCCGCCCACCACGCGCACCCGCCGCUGUUCCAGAGCAUCGCCUUCAGCGAGCGUCUGCUCGGACACUUCGCCUUGUAGCGCCCGCCCCGCGCCCCGCCGCCAAAAUAAAAUAUGUCUAAACAUUUGCUUAUCAUUCCUAUUUUAUUUUAUAUUGUUUUACUUGUAGCAAAUAAGCGAAAUAUAUUUAAUGUAAUAAAUACGAGUUACUCUAAAGACUUUUAUCAUAUGCUAAGAAAAUAUUAUAAAUAGUAAAAGUAUUGCAAUGUGUUAGUUAUAGUAAAAGUAUUUAGAACAAUUUAUUUAUAUUAUAUAUUUUUAAUGAAACAAAGACUAUUUGAUUUUUUUAGUACUUAGGUAAGGUUUUUUCCAUUGCAUUAUCCUAAGCAAUAAUAGUUCCAAGAAACGACGUGAGUUGUAAAUUAAUACGAUGUGAUAACAUCCUAUUUCUAUGCGACUAUAAAGCCCGUCACACACAAAUAUAUAAAUUAUAGCAAAGAAUAUUAUUUAAGAUAUCAUUUCUGUUGUAAUCUUGACGUUAUCUUAUAGCUAGUUACAUAUUAUUCGACCAAAGAACUAAUAAAAACAAGGUUUCAUU